GCUCUGGAACUAAUCACAGAUUCUGAGAAACCACAACAAUGGCGAGAACCCUAAGGAGCAAACCCGCUCUGCAGCUCCUGAACCGGAUUCUAAAUUCACCGGUCCCUGUUCUCCACCGGUCCACGAGACCCAUCGAAACCCUAGCUUUCGAAGAGGUCAAAACAUCACCAGAAAAGCCCCACAGUUUCACAGCCUUUGUUCUUCACGGUCUCUUGGGUUCUGGUCGAAACUGGCGAUCUUUCUCUCGCUUCCUCCUCUCCUCCCUCCCCUCCGAUUGGAGGAUGGUUCUUGUGGAUUUGAGGAACCACGGAAAUUCGGCUGAAUUGGAAGGUUUAAAUCCACCUCAUGACAUGGUCAAUGCCGCUAAAGAUCUCGCUGAUUUGGUGAAGUCUCAAGGUUGGGCUUGCCCGGAUGUGGUAAUUGGGCAUUCCAUGGGUGGCAAGGUUGCCUUGCAAUUCGCAGAUAGUUGUGCUCGCGGCGAGUUUGGUCAAUUAAUUCAAUUACCCAAACAGCUGUGGAUACUGGAUUCUGUCCCUGGAAAAGUGGAUCGUGAAAACAGUGAUGGAGAAGUAGAGAAAGUUUUGGAGACCUUGAAGGGCCUACCUCCAGCAGUCCCAUCCCGAAAGUGGCUGGUGGAUCACAUGACUAAACUUGGGUUUUCAAAGUCAUUGUCACAUUGGAUAGGUAGCAACCUCAAGAAAUCAGGUGAACAUGAGACAUGGGCUUUUAAUCUCGAAGGUGCUAUCCAGAUGUUCAAUUCCUACAGGGAGAUGGAUUAUUGGCCUCUGCUGGAGCACACGCCUAAAGGAAUGGAGAUAGCGAUUGUUCGUGCCGAAAACAGUGACAGGUGGGAGCCAGAUGUAAUUCAGCGGCUUGAAAGCAUUCCCACUAGAAGAGAUGAUGAAUCUGAGGGAAAGGUUUCAGUUCAUGUUCUUCCCAACUCCGGCCAUUGGGUGCAUGUCGACAAUCCAAAGGGACUUCUGGAGAUUGUGACUCCCAAAAUUGCCUCCCUGGUUUAG